AUGGCUGCUGCACUCGGAGUUGGCACUUACGAACGACUGCCGAUGAGAUGGUUUGGUGUAUUGAAUGUACUUGUCUUGCGAUGCCACAGUAGUCGUCGGCGUAGGGCUUACGAUGCGAUGGUGGAUUUUGGAGGUACCGGAAGGAACUCCUCGCCAGUGUUACUGAUUGAGGAGGGCGCGGUGCAAGGACAGCAUUUGGUUGGCCUGUGUAGCUUGAGCGGAGUUAUAGUGCGGGGAGGCCGCGAGCGGUGUGCCCAAUUAAUACUAGAUCGUGACACAUCGAGUGCUGGCCAGGUAGAUGGGUUGGCGCGAGUGAAUGGGCCGGGGUUGACUGUGUCAGGGCGGGGUCUGGUAUUGCGUGAUGCCUUGGUCUGCACUGACAGCUUCGGGGACGAGUGGCGGGUCGCCAGCCUGAUGCAUAGGGAAUGGGACAACAGUGUGAGCUACGAUCAACUUCAAACGGCGAACGAUUUUAGCUCAUGUGUGACUGCAGUGUCUGGAAUUCAGAGCCUUUGA